UUUCAGUCCUUUGCCAGUCCUGUUGCUCUUAAAGAAGUUGAAGACAAAAUAAGAAAAGCUGUACAUGCCAGAAAUGUGAGAUUAACAGAGUACUUCAAGGAUUUUGAUAGACUUAGAACUGGUUUUAUAACAAGUAAGUUAUUUAAGUCUCUGUCAAAAUGAUGUAACAAGGUAUUUUUGCAAGUACAUUAUAUCAAAGGGAUAAUUUCCUGAUAAAAAUUAAACACUCUGGUAUUUGAGGCCUCCCCCACCCCCUAUCAUUUCUUGACAUUUAGGAAUCUCACUGGUGGCAUUCCUUUUGAACCUGAUUUUCAUGUGUUGGGAAAUUCCCACUGAUCAUAGGGGAUUUCUUUGCUUCCUUUCACUGAUUUUGCAAGACUUUUUAAAAUGAAAACACAACAUUUACGUCAAAUACACGUACCCCUAAUUGGCCGUGUUGGUCAUGGAAAAACUGGGAAAAGCAAGAGGUAAUCAUGGCUUAGAUGAAAUUGAAAUCAUACAUGUACAAAAAAAGUCAACUCCCGAUAAUUCAAACCUUCAAUGGAAAUAGAAAAAAGUGCGAGUUGUCGGGAGUUCGAGUUAUCAAAGGUAAAAUUAUAUAGAAAACGACCUGAGGGGAAAUGAAAAUUGCUUGGAGUUAGCGGGAGGUUCGAGUUAUAGAGGGUUCGAGUUACUGGGAGGCGACUUUACUUCUUUAGUUGAAGGCAAUCAUUCUGAGAACUCACUUUUCUUUGAUUGGAACCCCCCAAAUGACAAUACCAAAUAUUUAGCUUUACAAUGAGAACACAUAUCCCUUAAGUGCGUCAUGUAAUGAUUGUGUAACAUUUUUUUUUUUCAUUUCUUUGUUUCAGAGACUCAGUUUGACCGUUGUUUAGAUCAGUUAUUUGGAAUUGUGCUGAGCCCCGAGGAUGAUGCAAAAUUGAUGGAAAAAUAUGGUAGUCCUGACCCAAAACGUAGAGGAAUGGUCAGCUACAGAAAAUUCUGUGAGGUGAUUGGUGCAGGUACUAUGAUAAUUUAUUUUCUUAUCUUUUUUGACCACUAUUAAUUAACACAGAAGUUUUAGUAGUGUUGCUUAAACAAGACAGAUUUUUGUUGUCGUCAAGGUGGUCAGGGAAAAAUCAGUAAAUUUUAUUUUCUGGUUACAUCAAGAUCAGGAAGAUCGAUUAUGAAUAAUAAAAUUUUGACAAAUCCUUUUUAAAUUAAUGGCCAAUAAAAUUUGGUACUCUAGAUACAUGUACUUGUGAAUUUUCCAAAUCCCAUGAAUUUAGGUAUUAAAAGAGUUAAAAAUAGACUAACAAUGUAUUGAUGAUAAAUUGCACUACCUACUGAUAACAUUGCCAAGGGUUAAAUAAAUAGAAUGGCACAUGAAUCUGUCAUUAACUAGAACUUCAUUACUUUUUGACUUACAGUUUUUAAUCCUGACAUCCUUGGCCAGGAUCCAGCAACACAGAAGAUCGGUCCUGCUGCCAGGUAAAAUUUUUUCACAAACCCGAGUGUGUCAUCUUUGUUCUUUUUAAUUAUGUGCUUUUCAGCUAUUCGAUCUUUUGCCUGGUGCAAAGGAACAUUCAUGAUUUCUGCUUUGUUGUAGCAAUAAUACCGUGGAUCGCCGUCCUUUAAGUCCAGCAUCUCUUUCAAAGUGUGAAAAUUUGUUGAUGAGACUGGCCCAGUUCUACAAAUACCAUGGAAUCAACAUCAAAACUUGUUAUGCUGACUUUGAUAAACAUCACAUUGGUGUUGUGACAGAAAGCCAGGUAGGUACAAAUAAUUAUCAGUUUGUAGACCCAGCACUCAAAAUUCGGAAUCCUUUAACAGUGUCUUUCUUUCUUUUCCAGUUUUACAGAAGUUUUCCUGGUUCACCUGAUGUGACAGCUGAAGAGACAGUUUUAUUGGCAAAGAAGUACCGCGACCACACCAGGCCUGGGCUUUGUAACUACUACAGUUUCCAUGAAGACAUUGAAAGAAAGCAAAGUGGUAAAAAUAUGGACCUUUCUAUCUUCACAUUCACAGCCCUUUUAAUAUUACUGUCUUGCCAACCAGGAUGAGAAGGGGUGUACUCCCUGUCUUAUAAUGGCCUCCUAGUGAUUUCGUUACAAAUAUUUAUGGUGAGUCCUGGGACUCAUCUUCAAAUUGAUCGAUCAUUCUUUGCGUCCAAUGGGAUGCAUGCCAUGAAUUAUUAAUUGCGUCUUUGGAGAUUUUUAUGCCUCAGGGACACAGGACACAGAGGAAACAAAAUCACUGCCUGUGCCCAAAAGGGGUACCAAUUUCAGGCUGUAGCUCUAUUAGAGGGUAUGGGUUUCACAAGUUGAAGUAUAUGAAAGGGUAGAGAAAUUUGUCAUUUCGGUCUGUUAAAGGACCAACUGUAACAGGCACAAUCUAUGGCUGUCAAUCUGACAAGAAAACUUUCUGAGUUAUAGUAAUUUAUUCAUAUUUAAUAAAAGAAGGUGCAUUUACAGCGGUUUAAAAGGAUGAAGCGUUAUAAAUUAAUAUUUGAAAGGGGUACCAUUUGUCAAUAAAAGAUCUACGAAAGAGGUCCCUUUUUUCCAGUAAACAAGCGUGUCCCCACUUGUUUCGCUAUUAAUUUGUUGCUUCCCUUCCAAUUUGCGUUGUGGGGAAAAUAGGCUGUGUAGCUUGCGGUUUUGUCGAAGGAUGACUUCAAGGGAAGACUGCUGUAAACUGUCUAUUUAGCGUUACGUCCAUACAAAAUUGAUGUAAAAGGCCGUUUACACGGAACGAAAUUCAAAUAUGAAAAUUCCUGAAGUUUACACCAGAAACGAAAAUCUGAAGAUGAAGACAGAGACUGACUUCAUUAAAGUCGAGGCGGACACCUAACCAUGAAGAAAGUCAUGAGGCAUAUUCUUCUUGUGCUACUUCUGGUAAAGCGCUUAGAUCUCGCCUGUUUUAGAAACAACUGAGCUCAAAUUGUACAUAGCCAUUAAGAAAUGGUGAACGUUUAUGAGUUUAGUCUUUUACUUGGUAGGUUGCGCUUUGUUUAUGGUGACCAGAUAAACCCCACCAGUGCCAAGUUAUGAGAACAAUGAUUCUGUGCCCGCUUUAUGGUGACGAACCCACUAGUCCCUGACUAGUGCCAAGUUAUGAGAAUAAUGAUUCUGUGCCCACGUGAACGAUUGCGAAUCGAAUAGGAGACAACAAUUUUUUUUAUCAAUAAUCAGCGCUUUCAUGACAGAAGCCGAGGUUUUAAUUGAAAGUUUGCCAGCAAGUUAUUAUCGUUUACAACCAUGAACAAGUUUGUCAUCCCUAAAUGUAGUGCCUCUAUCUUUUCCUUCCUUAAAGCGCUCUUUUAGAAUUCCGCAGGCUUAUGACAUGACACACUAUAUAUGUUGUACGCCUAGUUUACCUUUCUGUAGGACCAGCUCAUGAAGGUUUUUAUAUCUGCUCCAAAUUCUUGGACUCAAAUUUUUCGGAAAGACCAAGUUUGUGGGAAGUCCGACUGAAACGCGAUGAAAAUUGUGGUAAUUAAUUGGUAAUGAAAUUCCACGCACUAAAUUUAAAACAGUAAACAAGUAUUUCCAAAGAAAGCAUAGCGGCAUUUUGUUCCGAUAUAAAAGAACUUUGAUUUUUUUUUAACAAGGACAAUUAGUUGAAAAAAGUUUUCUGUUUUCAAUAUAGCCUGUGUACACAGGCGAUUUUCAAUAUUUUCAGAUAAGAAUUGCCAUUUUGUCUUAGUGCAUUUGAUAACGUUCGAGUUUUUGAUAAACAUUUUUAUUUAUUCACUUGCUGUCGUAGUACACAAGUGAAGUAUUUCACACCAUAUUCAUGAAUAUCUCGCACACCUGGCAAGUGUACGUACGUGCAUACCACUCGCACUCGUGCAAUGAUGAUCGCACAUUGACAUGACCAUAAACUCAAACCGAUUCCACGUGCGGCAUUGAAAUCAGACGAGUGACAAAUCACGGCCACAGGGUUGUCCCGGGUCUAGGCAAAUGCCUGGCCCUUGUGUGUAGUAUCAAAAGAUUAACCCCCCCCCCCUCCCCCCGCUUCCCGCGCGUUUAAAACGCGACCAGAUCCCCCACAAAUUCUCGCUGGAAGGGUACGAGUGGGAUUGGCUGAUGUAUUACACUUUCCUUUGGGGGUUGCAGCUCUUGUCGCACGAUACCCUGCGAGCAGAGGCUACAUUUUCGCAGUGUGAGCUGGCGUGCGAAAAGUAGCCUCUGCCGACAACCGUUCAAUUUGUAUCGCGCAUGCGCGAAAUUCGUUACGCGAUUCGCAAGCAAAAUUAAUCGUCAGGUCUGUCGUCAAAUGGCGCGAGUUUCGCGGGAAUAAACAAAUUGCGUUAACUCUGAUCUACCACUUCGGAAGUGCUUUCACAUGGUACUUUUUAUUUAGUAUGUAGUUCUAACGUUUGAGUCGUUGGACGAAAUCCUGUGGUGUGACCAUUCAAAUGAAACCACUUUGAUUCGGAAGUUACUUUAGACUGAAAUAUGAAAUACCGUAUUUAUUCGAUUAACCGCCCUGGGCGCUUAUUACAUUUUUGGACCUUGAGAGUGGGCGCUUAUUCGAGGCUGGGCGUUAUUAAAUGUUCACCAUUUUCAACAAGUGUAGCCUUCGGGGAAGUCUCAAAUUAGUACUUAUUCCUUUUUUGCGGUGGUAGCGGGAAGGGAGUGGGCGCUUAUUUGAGUUUGAGUGGGACUGGGAGGGAGGUGGGGUGGGCGCUUAUUCGAGGCUGGGCGCCUAUUAACUUUUUCUGCCUUUAGGAUGGGUGCUUAUUCGAGGUGGGCGCUAAUUCGAGGUUGGGCGCUUAUUCGAAUAAAUACGGUAUUUCUCCUUUUUUAGAUUUAGCAGAACAAGAAGACUUCACAAAGUACAUUCCAAUACAGGACUUUAUUGACGACAACAGACGGGUAAGAGAUCAGGCAAAAUACUAGGGAUGUUAUCUUGGCGUCCUUAAGUCUGAAACAAAAACAGCCCUAGCCUGUGUGGCAAGCGUUCGAAAGUCGAGAGGAAAUGAAUUUGGAGACCUUAAUUCCUUUCAAACCCGUGCCACCAGGCUAAACUGAACAGCCCGGAAGUAGAUCUUUUUAGGGCUGUGACAAGGUAGCUUGUACUACAAGAGUGAAAUGAAAGCUUUUAAAACUUGUCGUGUUGACCAGAAGAGUUCCUAACCUUUGGCAUGGUUGCUAUUUAUGGUAUCAAAAGGUUUGACAACAUUUUUCACAACAUUUUCAUGUUGUCAAACUUCGUUUUACCAAACACAUUUUAUUCCUAUGCGUUUAAAGGAGCUGUGUCAUGAAUUUUAUCAAAAUUCAAAAAGUAGGAACUGCUACCAGAUCGAGUGAAACAAAAAUAAUCGCUCAAAACAUUACAAGAAGGUUUUAGUAACACAGUAAAUACAAAUUGAGGCACGGAUGGACAAACUUGAAGAAGAUUAAAACGGAUUACAAUUGUGGGUUACUUUUUGACAACUUGUAAAACUAACAGUUUUUCAAAGUUCAUUUUUUGUUGUUCUUACUGCGCUUUUCGCAGAAACUCUAAAGUCAAAAGCCGCUGUCACAAUUGCGUUUUUCGCUGCCGUCAAUCAUAACUACUAGAGAGUUUUAGAUCCGAGUUUACCGCGAACCUCUAACCGCGGUUUGCGGUUACCCGUUUGCGGUUCAACGUUCAAACAUAAUUCGGUUUAGAUUGGCGGUGGAUUAAAGAAGUGGACGCGAACGGUUUGUCACGUGACCUCCAGCGGUGAGAGGUUCGCGGUAAACUCGGAUCUAAACUCUCUACUUUCACAAGCAACGAACCUUGAAACACAGAAACGCACAAACCGGAUAAAAAUACGAUUUCGAUCCGUUCGAUCUGUGAUUGGUGAGCCACCAAUCACAGAUAACAAACCAUGACCUUUUGAGCCCAUUUAAGUAAAGUUCUGUUUCCUAAGAGGUCCUCUAAGAUGAUAGACGGCAGCGAAAAACGCAAACGUCAGUUUGAUAUGAUGCUAUGGAGACAUGUAGCUCACAAAAAGCUUUGUCCUUUACAACUCUCUCCUCCGCGGAGGCCUCUUUGUAUCAUAGGGAGGGCUGGAGAGAGGGAAAAAGAGAGCGCGCGGGGAAUGAUGGGAAGGGGAAAGAGAAGAAGCUCCCGCCUUUUCCCUCUUCCCAUCGUCCCCCGCGCGAUUUCUAUUUUUCGAUUAUUGCUAUUUUUAUUGGGAUGCCUAGCGGGAGCCUCUGCGGAGGAGAGAGCCUUUACAAGUAUUCUUUUCGCUAACGUUAAGUUCAAAAGCACUUAAGGAAGCGGCGUAAUUGGUACUAUAAACAAAAUGAAAUAGCCAUCCAUGACAAAGCCCUGUACAUUCAAAAAUAACUGAGAUGUUAUACACUUUCUAAUCGAUGUAAAAUACAAUAAACUCCUUGAAAAAUUAUGACUUAUGCACGUCUUUUUCUAUUUCUUUUCAUUUGUUUCACAUUUUUUAGCGCCCUGGAACACCGACCUUGCACGAAAUAUUUGAGAAGAUCAGAUUAGCUAUCCACAAGCACGGAAUACGAACCACUGAAUUUUUUAAGGACCACGACAAGUUAAGGAGUGGAGAAAUCACAGAAAAUCAGGUACAGGGCCGUGUUGGCCUCGCUCCCACAAAAGUAGCCUCGUUCUUCUGUAAUCAUCUGACUCGUCAACAGUCGUAUUCUCGUAACGCGCGCUCCUUCCCAUCACACCCCUCGCGCCACUAAGGAGAGACACAGAGAGAGACGACUGGGGACGAGUCAGUGUAAUCAUCGCUUCGCGCAAAACGAAGGCCUUGAGAAAACGCAUGUAGUGAACCGAUGUUCAGUUCAAAGUCCCGAUGACUUUACGGUCUUGGAAAGUUAUCUCACGUCUGCAUUAAACACACAAUGACAAAGUUAGUUUUCCUGUCUCUUUAUAAACAAGGAGAUUUGGCUCUUGUGUAAACUUGAUCCAUGGCUACCUAAACAAUUCAAAUGUUGGGAAAUUUUCGUAAAUUUGACAUACUCAGCAAGUUGUGGUGAAGCUAAAAAGAACUUUAAUUUAAUCAUCACGUUUACAGUCGUAUUCGUCUUUGCUUAAGCUUCAUUUUUGUGGAGAACGCGACCAUACAAAGGAAGAUUUGUCAGUUCUCUUAUUAAACUUGGACACGGUCCCUCAGAAUUCAGCUGUUAGAAAUCUACUCCACCCUUGUCAAUGUGAGCCGGACUUUGAAGUCUACGAGUGCUUGAAUUCAUGAACUUUCUCUGCGACGAUUCACUGCUGUCGUCUGAAUGCAUUAAGUUCCUUAGAAAUGUUCUCGUUGCCGUCGUGGUCUUCUCGCUAUUAUUGAGGGUCAAGGUGGAUUGUUUUGUUUCCCUGCAGUUUAUUUGCGGCCUGAGCCUUUGCUGUGGUACUCAAGCGCAUUUGUCACGUGAUGAGAUACAGAAGGUUGUUGACGUGUAUCGCCAGCCUGAUGGCCGAGUGAGAUACAAAGAGUUCUGUGAUAUAAUGGAGAAUGGUUAGUUGUCUCAAGUAGUACAUGUACCACGUUAUCUGUAAAUAGAUCAAAUUUCCCCCUUUUCUUUUCAUUCAUGAGUAAAAAUCACGCUGUCCGGAGGUGUAAGGGCCUUGAAAAAAACGAGAACCAAGGAACUUUCUUUACGUAGACCAAACAAUUGCUACAUUUGUUUGUCAUUCAAUUAGAGAGAACUCUGGGAGCGAGGUUGCAAAGCUGACAGUUUUGGGUUAUUCUUUCAUGUUACGCUUACGCCAAAUAGACCUACGGUUUCAUAUAAUAGUAAUAGAAUGUCCCCUAUGUACCCUAGUCUUGUUGGAUAGGGGCAGCAGAGGUGUGCGUAAGCAAGUGGCGAAGCCGCGAGGAGAAUGGGAUGAAAACAAUGCGCUUUCUGCUAGCACAACAAAAUCGCCAGCUAUGCAGGCUAAGAGGAAGAAGACGUUUCUCUAGCAUAAUGAGCUUGAUAACUUCAUUUUUUUUGCAAUGUAUUGACCAAAUAUUAAACAAUCUUGAGUUUCAUCAUAAACUGCUCUUUUUGUUGUUUCUCAGCAUUCACAGUACCAGAUCUGGAGAAAAAGCCAACUGCUGAUGUUUACAGACCUCCCACUGGUGCACUAACAAAGGUACUUGAAUUGCUUUGA